CUGAUCUCUCAUGAGAAAAGCCAGAUUCAAACAUCAACGUUACAUUGCAACCACCCAAAACUCACAACAAUGUCGACAGUAGCAGAAGUACAGGCUGAUAACCAGCCUAAGAGCGCCAGCGAUGAUCCUCUUGUCUGGAUUGACUGCGAGAUGACUGGCCUGGAUCAAGACAACGACGAAAUCAUCGAGAUCUACUGUAUUAUCACCACAGGAAACCUCGAGAUUCUUGAUGAGGAGGGGUUCCACGCCAUCAUCCACUUCCCCCAGUCCCGUCUUGACCAGAUGGACGAAUGGUGCACAAAGACACACGCAGACUCUGGCCUCACCGCUGCUGUUCUCGAAUCCACAACUACUCCGGAGCAAGCCGCAGACGCUCUGUAUGAGUACAUAACACGCUUCAUCCCUGAGCGCAAACGUGGUCUUCUUGCGGGUAACAGCGUGCAUUGCGAUAGGGCGUUUCUGCGACGUGAACCCUACAAGCGGGUCAUGAGACAUCUGCAUCACAGAAUUCUUGACGUGAGUUCUAUCAAGGAGGCUGCAAGACGCUGGGCAGCCAAGAGGAUUGUGAAUAAGGUUCCCAAUAAGAAGGGUCUGCACAAGGCGAGGGAUGACAUUCUGGAGAGCAUUGAGGAGGCUAGAUACUAUAGGGAGGUCAUCUUCAGGCCGACGUUUGACGCUGUGCCUGCCAAGAACAAACCCAACAAAGGGAAAUAAUGGCUUAAUCAUAGCCUUUCAUUGGAAAAGGUGGGUUAUAGAUUGGCCAAUGCUCCUCAUGUCGAUGUGACUUUUCGAGGUGUCAUGAUUGAGCUCUUCAGCCAUGCACUCUUCCAUGACAUGAUCAGAGCAAUACUCGAGUUCAUAACUGACAGAUCAAAUACUCUUUUUGAAUGUGUCUAACAUUUUGAGUACCCAAUGGGGCACCAAUUACUUAUUUUCGGGUUUUACUCUUGGUUCUUCUCGUUAAGUCAUAGCC